AUGGUUUCCUCCUACACUCGUCUCCUUACGGCCAUUUGCGCCCUCGCUGGCUCCGCCGCGGCCGUGACUCCCCUCAAGGUCCAGGGCAAGGACUUUGUCAACUCCAAGACCGGUGAUCGGUUCCAGAUUCUCGGUGUUGACUACCAGCCCGGUGGUUCCUCUGGUUUCACUGCCAAAAAGGACCCUUUGAGUGAUGGUGAUGUCUGUCUUCGUGAUGCCGCUCUGAUGCAGCGCCUGGGUAUCAACACCAUCCGUGUCUAUAAUCUCGAGCCCACCCUCGACCACAACAAGUGUGCCUCCAUCUUCAAUGCCGCCGGUAUCUACAUGAUCCUCGAUGUCAACUCCCCUCUUACCAACGGCUACCUGGACCGCACUGCUCCCUGGACGACUUACACCAACGCCUACUACCAGCAGGUCUUUGGUGUGAUCGAAGCCUUCAAGGCCUUCGACAACGUUCUCGGCUUCUUUGCUGGAAACGAAGUCAUCAACGAGGAAGCCACUCGCCUGGCUCCCGCCUAUGUCCGUGCCGUGAUCCGUGACAUGAAGGAUUACAUCGCCAAGCAGUCCGACCGCGCCAUCCCCGUUGGCUACUCCGCUGCAGACAUCCGUGACAUCCUGAUGGACACUGUGAACUACUUCGAGUGCGACCUGAAGAACUCUACCAGCUCGCGCGCUGACUUCUUUGGUCUCAACUCCUACUCGUGGUGCGGUGAUGCUUCCUACAAGUCCAGCGGCUACGAUGUCCUGACCGAGGACUUCUCCAAUGCCACUCUCCCCGUCUUCUUCUCCGAGUAUGGCUGUAACGAGGUCAAGCCCCGUAUCUUCACCGAGGUGCAGGCCCUGUACGGCGAAGAGAUGACCCAGGCUUUCUCCGGUGGGUUAAUCUACGAGUGGACAUUCGAGGAGAACGAGUAUGGCCUGGUCCAGGUCAACGACAACGGCACCAUCACCACUCUGAUCGACUAUGACAACCUGCAGAAGCAGUUCAACAAGCUCGACAUGAGCCGCAUCUCCGCCAGCAACACCUCCCAGACCAGUGUCACCCCGGAGACCUGCAGCGCCGACCUGAUCACCAACUCUACCUUCUACAACGCCUGGAACCUACCCGAUGCCCCCUCCAAGGUCUCGGACUACAUCAAGAACGGUCUGCCCAACAAGCCCUCCGGCGCCCUGGUCUCGGUGACGGCCACCACUCUCUCCGAGAAGGUCUACGACUACACUGGUAGCGAGAUCACCAAUGUCCAGUUCAAGGUGCUGGCCAACGACGAGUCCAACACUCCCUCCAACUCGUCCAGCUCCAGCUCUACCUCCUCCUCCUCUUCCUCGGGUACCUCCACCCACUCCAACGCCGCGUCUUCUCUGAACGGUGCCCCCUCCAUUGCCUUGGGUGGUCUGAGCGGUGUUUUCAUGCUGCUUGCUUCUCUGUUGUAG